CUCCUUCAGCAGGGGGGAGAUAUCGGAGGCCCUGAGAUGAGACGCCGGCCUGCAGCCAAGGUGCGGCUGCAAAGGCCCCCUCUGCCAGCCCUGUCCCCGGCCAAUGCCUCUCCUUCAGCGGGUCCCUCAGAAGCGCCUCCCCUUUGGAAGGAAGAGCUCCCUCUGCUUCAGCCCAGGGCUCUCUGAUGGAGUCAUCAUCGCUGGGACACAGAUGGGUUCUGGAGCAAGCAAGCUGUUCGUUCCACAUCUCCCUGCCACGCUUCAGUUGGUGGGAAACACGGAUAUGCCAUUUCCCCUGGCAGCAGCAGCAGCAGCCAAAGGAUGCAAAAACACAGGGAAGGGAGCAAGAACACGGGGGAAGACCAGCCCCUGAGCUCCUGGAUUUUGCAGGGGCUGACGUGUGGGCCAGCUAGGAAUGGUGGGGUCUCCUGCAGCUCCUCAAUGGGGCUUGUGCACGAGGGCUUCCCAGUAGAUGGUUGGGGGGGGGUGUUUUCUGCAACCAAGCAAUUAAGGUAAUCUGUAUAAACCCAGCCUGUGUACAUCACGCAUGCAGAAUGCAUUAGAACAGUGUCUCCUGCCGUUCACAAUUCAUCACAUAAAUCUUUAUAUUGUUCAGUGCUUAUCACAUUGCAUAAGUUCUGGUUUUGCCAGUCCUGGGAAGGGGCAUGGGGAAGGCAGUGCUCUGAGGCUUCCCCCAGUCCGUGCCCUGGAAAUCUUACUCAGUCCCCCUGCUCAGACUUCUGAGAUUUCAAUUGUGUUUUCACAGCCUGGAGGGCUAGAAACUUGAGAGCGAAGGAGCUGGACUCUGUGCUCAGAGACCAUGCUCUGCGUGUUUUCUGUGCUCCUGUGGAAUUGCAGCAUAUGCAUGGCCCUGUCCACGGAUCAGGGUCCUGUCUGUCUCCUACUCUGUUACCUGGAACCAUGUCCAGAAUCUCCUGCCAAAGACAUUGUGCUCACCUUGUCCUUUAUGUGCCUGAGCCCCAGAAAAAUCCCUCCCCCCUCCGUCUCUCUCUCGCUGCAGCGACAUUGACUGUCAGACAGGCCACGGACAACAAGAGGAUUCAAAAGAUGCAAAAGCACAUAUAGGUUCUAUCAGGGAACCAGGAGUGGGGGUGGCGGGGACCAAACAUCAAAGCGACCUCCCAAGAGGAGGGAAAGCAAGCCUCUGCUGAUCAUUGGUGCAGUCAGUGUAAUGAUAUAAAUAACCAUUGACCCAAAUCUGCUCAAUGCUUCAUGUGAAAAGCACAGCCUAAGUCUGGCUGUGCACAAACAUUUGGAUGGUGCUGUUGGGGCCCCCAGCUCAGAGCCACAAAGGAAAACAGUUCAGCCGCAGCAGGACAGAGAGGAGUGAUGACAGCCAGAAAAGCAGUCUUCAGACGUGCGAGGAUAAAGGAAAGGGUACCUUUGAGCAUGUGCAGAGGCCACUCACCUGAUCCCUGAACAACUACAGUCCAGCCCCAAGAUCCAAAGUUAAGAAGGAUACCCAGGAGGGAACUGGAGAUACAUAUACAUAUAUGUAUGAAAAUAAAACUUUCACUAAAAUGUUAGGCAGGCAGGCGUGUCCAUCCAGCUUGGCGUGAGCCCUUGUGCCUUCUCUCACCAAAACGAAUGACUAGACAUUUCACCUCUCUGCAAGAUCACUGGCCCCAAAGACAUUGAAAUCAAUUACAUGCCCAUGGGAAAUGGGAAACAGAACCACAGUGGGGGUAGUUUCAAAGGCUGAUGUGGUGGUGCUAAUUGCUGGUUUGCAAAAAUCUGUGAGGGAAGAGCUGUAUUUAAGAGAGAGGGAGAGAGUAGGACAAAGCACUUGCCCCCCCCCCCCCGCUUCUUUGCUAGCAUUCACUCUGGGCUGAGUCAUCCAAGCAAGCAAACUCCAACUGUCAGAGGAAAUGCUUAAAUAUCUUGAAAAUGCUCACGCCUCCCAAGAGACUCUUUAAAUCAAUUCAAAAUUUUAAACAGCCAUUACACUUGGCAGCUAAAGAAGUUGGGGGCUUUGUGGAAAUCUGCAGAAGGACCAAGGAAAGGCUGUGCAGCUGGGCCUUAAUUCCAGUUGAUGAAAUAAAGGGAGAGCUAAGGAGGAAAAGAAAUAGUAUGAGAGGGAGGAAGUUGGGGAGAGACCGACUGACCACCUAGCAGCAAACAAUUCCUGGAAGAGAGAAAAUUCCUCCACAUUUCGGUCGAUUCUGUCCAAGGACGGGCAGUGCCUCAGCGCCUGCUCUUGAGCACUGUGCCAUGUCGUCCUCUGACGAAGAGACGCUCAGCGAGAGGUCCUACCGGAGCGAGCCUUCCUGCAAGAGUGAGCGGUCCUACCGGAGUGAGAGAUCCGGCAGCCUGUCUCCUUGUCCUCCGGGGGACACUUUGCCCUGGAAUUUACCCCUCCAUGAGCAGAAGAAGCGGAAGAGCCAAGACUCCGUGCUGGAUCCUGCAGAGAGAGCCGUCGUCAGAGUCGCUGAUGAACGGGAUCGAGUCCAGAAAAAGACUUUCACCAAAUGGGUGAAUAAGCAUCUGAUGAAGGUGCGCAAGCACAUCAAUGACCUCUACGAGGACCUGCGAGAUGGCCACAACCUCAUCUCCCUGCUGGAGGUCCUUUCGGGUGUCAAACUGCCAAAGGAGCAUUCCGGGCAGAAGACGCUGCGCCUGGUGAAAGUGCCGUCCUGGUGUCGCACGAGCAGCGAGGAGGAGGAGGAGGAGGACGGUGAUGCACCACGGGAGAGAGGCCGGAUGCGGUUCCACCGACUACAGAAUGUGCAGAUCGCUCUCGACUUCCUGAAGCAGCGACAGGUAAAGCUGGUGAACAUUCGCAAUGAUGACAUAACAGACGGAAACCCCAAGCUGACCUUGGGCCUGAUCUGGACAAUUAUCUUGCACUUCCAGAUCUCCGACAUCUACAUCAGCGGAGAAUCGGGAGACAUGUCCGCCAAAGAGAAGCUCCUCCUAUGGACGCAGAAGGUGACAGCGGGUUACGUGGGGGUGAAGUGCACCAACUUCUCGUCCUGCUGGAGCGACGGGAAGAUGUUCAACGCCAUCAUUCACAGAUAUAGGCCGGAUCUAGUGGAUAUGGAGAGAGUGCAGAUUCAGAGCAGCCGAGAUAAUCUGGAGCAGGCCUUCGAGAUCGCAGAGCGGCUUGGGGUCACCAGGUUGCUGGAUGCAGAAGAUGUGGAUGUCCCUUCGCCAGAUGAAAAGUCUGUAAUAACUUAUGUGUCUUCAAUUUAUGAUGCCUUUCCAAAAGUUCCAGAAGGAGGAGAAGGAAUCAGUGCCACAGAAGUGGAUACAAGGUGGUUAGAAUACCAGAACCACGUAGAAUCACUCAUCUCCUGGAUCAAGCAGCACACGAUAACCAUGUCCGGCAAAUCUUUUUCCCAGAAUCCUGUAGAGCUCAAGGCACUUUAUAACCAGUACAUACACUUCAAAGAAACGGAGAUCCCAGCGAAACAGCAAGAAAAAGGAAGAAUUGAGGAGCUGUAUAAACUGCUGGAGGUCUGGAUUGAAUUUGGCCGCUUCAAGCUGCCCCAGGGCUACCACCCCAAUGACGUGGAGGAAGAGUGGGGCAAGCUCAUCAUAGAGAUGCUGGAGCGCGAGAAGUUGCUUCGGCCAGCGGUGGAAAGGUUGGAGUUGCUGCUACAGAUUGCAAACAGAAUUCAGCACGGGACUCUCAGUUGUGAGGAGAAGCUCACCCUGGCGAGGAACACCCUGCAAGCUGAUGAAGCACACUUGGAGUCAGGUCAGCCGGUGCAGUACGAGUCGGAUGUCGCCAUGUACCUCCAAGAGUGUGAAGGGCUGCUCCGCCAGCUCCAGGCGGAUGUUCAGAUCCUCCGAGAUGAGAAUUACUACCAGCUGGAGGAGCUUGUCUUCAAGAUUGUACGCCUUCAAGAUGAGCUGGUUACCUUGCGGCUGGAAUGCACCAACCUCUACCGCAAGGGGCACUUUUCCUCCCCCUCCUCCUUGGACUUGGUCCAGCCUUCCUCCCUCAGCACCAUGCACCUUAAGACUGAGCCCUUGCUGAAGGGGACGCACAGCACCACCACCACUGCCUCUACCUCCUGGUUCCGCAAGCCCAUGACGCGCAUGGAGCUCGUGGCCAUUUCCUCCUCCGAAGACGAGGGCAGCCUCCGCUUUGUGUACGAGCUGCUGUCGUGGGUGGAAGAGAUGCAGAUGAAGUUGGAGCGGGCCGAAUGGGGGAGCGACUUGCCAAGCGUGGACUCCCAGCUGGAGGCCCAGCGCCAUGUCCACACCAGCGUGGAAGAGCUGGGCGCCAGUGUGAAAGAGGCCCGGAUGUACGAGGGUAAAAUGUCUCAGAAUUUCCGCACAAGUUACACAGAGACGUUGGGCAAGCUGGAGACCCAGUAUGGCAAGCUGAUGGAAACCUCCAGUUUCCGAUUGCGCCACCUCCAGAGCUUGUAUGGGUUUGUCUCUCAAGCAACAGCAGAGUUAAUUUGGCUCAAUGAAAAGGAAGAGGAGGAAUUGGCAUACGACUGGAGUGACAACAACCCCAGCAUGGCAGCCAAGAGGAAUUAUUUCUCGGAGCUCACGCUGGAGCUGGAGGAGAAGCAGGACGUGUUCCGCUCGCUGCAAGAUACGGCUGAGAUAUUAUCGUUGGAGAAUCAUCCGGCUAAGCAGACCGUGGAGGCUUACAGUGCAGCCGUGCAGACGCAGUGGCAGUGGAUCAAGCAGCUGUGCUUGUGCGUGGAUCAGCACGUGAAAGAGAACACCGCUUACUUCCAGUUCUUCACUGAUGCUCGGGAUUCAGAGACGUACUUGAAGAAUCUCCAAGACACCAUCAAGCGGAAGUAUUCUUGUGACCGCAGCACCAGCCUGACACGCUUGGAGGACCUGCUUCAGGAUUCCAUGGAUGAAAAGGAGCAGCUAAUCCAGUCCAAGAGUUCUGUGGCCAGCCUAGUGGGCAGAUCCAAAGCCAUUGUCCAGUUGAAGCCACGAAACCCCGACCACGUUUUGAAGAACACCAUCUCCGUGAAGGCGAUCUGUGAUUAUCGUCAAAUUGAGAUCACCAUCAGCAAAAAUGACGAGUGUGUGCUGGAAGACAACUCUCAGCGGACCAAGUGGAAGGUGAUCAGCCCCACUGGGAACGAGGCCAUGGUCCCCUCAGUGUGCUUCCUGGUCCCCCCUCCCAACAAGGAGGCCAUUGAUAUGGCCAGCAGGGUGGAACAGCUGUACCAGAAGGUGAUGGCCCUGUGGCACCAGCUGCACAUCAACAUGAAGAGCCUUGUUUCCUGGAAUUACUUGCGGAAGGACCUCUCUCUGGUGCAGAGCUGGAAUAUAGAGAAGCUUCGGGCCUUGGCCCCAGGAGAGUGUCACCAGUCCAUGAAGAGCCUGCAGGUGCAUUACGAGGACUUUCUGGAGGACAGUCGGGAUUCGGAGCUCUUCUCUGUCGCUGAUCGGCUGCGCUUGGAGGAGGAAGUCGGGGCUUGCAAGGAGCUCUGCCAGCAGCUUCUGCAGUCCAUGGAAAACGAAGACAAAGAUGAGACAGCUUCCCGGACGUACCUCUCUGAGCUGAAGAACAUUCGCCUCCACCUGGAAGAAUGUGAGCAGCGGCUGGUGGGGACGAUCCGGACACCCUGCAGCACCCGGACCGAUGGGGAUGCCUUGCAAGAGAACACUUUCCGUAUCGCUGAGCAGGAGCGGCUGAAGGCAGAUUUGCAGCACCUGAAGACUGACACGGAGCAACUUUCUGAGAGGUGCAACAUUUUCCUGCACAAGUCUCCGACCGGAUCCAGCAUCCCACAUCUUCGCUCUGAGCUUAACCUGCUGGUGGAAAAGAUGGACCAUGUCUAUGGGCUCUCCUCCAUCUACUUGGACAAGUUGAAGACGGUGGAUGUGAUUAUUCGGAACACCCAAGGAGCCGAGUCCCUGGUCAAAGGGUACGAGGUUAAGCUGAGCCAAGAGGAGGCGGUGCCUGCGGAUCUGGCCACCAUUCAGUCUCACCGAGCCAUGCUGAAGCAAUGGAUAAGUGAAGUGAGCGAUAAGAACGCCAUCUUUGCGACGCUCGAAGAUGACUUGGCAAGAGCGAAAGUUGUGGCCGACCAGCUGUACCGUCUGAAGCAGGAACGCAGCCUUGACCUGGAGCGCUACCAGGAGAAAGGCUCGCAGCUGUGGGACCGCUGGCAGCGGGUCAGCAUGCAGGUCGAGACUCGCCAAUCAGAAUUGGAGAGCAUUGAGGAAGUACUGAGCGAUUACCGGAACUGUCACGGGGCACUGAUCCAGUGGAUUGAGGAGACCACGACUCAGCAGGAACUGAUGAAGCCUGGACAAGCAGAGGACAGCAGGAUCCUUUCUGAGCAACUGAGCCAACAGAUGGUGCUGUUUGCCGAAAUAGAAGGAAAUCAAGCCAAACUGGACCAGUGUCAGAAACUGUCCCAGCAUUACUCAUCCGCUGUGAAGGACUAUGAGCUGCAGCUGAUGACGUACCGUGCUUUUGUGGAAUCGCAGCAGAAGUCUCCCGUGAAACGCCGGCGCAUGCUCUCUUCCUCCGACGCCAUCACGCAAGAGUUUAUGGAUCUACGGACGCGCUACACAGCUCUGGUCACGCUGACAACACAGCAUGUGAAGUAUAUCAGUGAUGCCCUUCGGCGCCUGGAAGAGGAAGAGAAAGUUGUAGAGGAAGAGAAGCAGGAGCACGUGGACAAGGUGAAGGAACUCUUGGGCUGGGUCAUGAGUUUCAAGCAGAGCGCCCAGUUCAGGGGUGUCCCACCCAAGAGCAAAGAACUCGGCAAUAUUGAGAAGUCCAUCUUGGAGCAGCAGGUUCUGAAUGAGGAAUUGGCUGCAAAGAAAGAGCAGGUCUCAGAAGCGAUCAAAACUGCCCAGAUCUUCCUCGCAAAGCACAGUCACAAGCUCCCUGGCCAGGAGAAGGCGCACAUCGACACCCAGCUGAGUGCCUUGAAGGAGACCUAUGAGCAGCUCUGCACGGACUCCACGGAACAGCUCCAGCAGCUGCAGACCCACAUGGCGCAGGAGACGGCCCACAAGGACACGGAAAUAGUUUCAGGAGUGCUAGACCUUGGCACAAUGGAAGUCCUCCCUGUCUUGGGGGCCAUGCAGAAAGGUCUCAUAGACCAAGAAACAGGCCUUGUCUUGUUGGAGGCCCAGGUGAUCACAGGUGGCCUAGUGGUUCCCAAGACCAGUGAAAAGCUCUCUUUGGCAGAAGGCCUGGCCAGAGGUAUCAUAGAUUGCAGGACUCACCAGCUGUUGCAGGAACUGCAGAAUGCCCUCCAGCUGGUUGACCAAAUGGACCUCAGAGACAAGACUUUGCUUCCUGUUGUGCUUGCGGUGGAGGACAGAACAAUCAGCGAGAGCCUUGGGCUAAAGAUCUUAGCAGUUCAGCUUGUUGCCGGGGGCCUAAUAGAUUCCUCUAGCCAGGUGAGAAUCGGUCUGGAAGAAGCUCUUCAGAGGGGCAUCAUCAGUACACACCUUCAUGAAAAACUGGCCUCUCACCUGAGAUCUUGCAAGAACUUGAUUGACCCCAAUUCAGCCAGAAAGGUGAGCCUGCGUGACCUGAUGCAGCAAUGUAUCCUUCACCAGGAGACAGGACUGAGGUUGCUCCCAGUUGAACAGCUUGCAGGUGGGAUGGUGAGCUUAAAAUCAGGCCGGAAAGUGAACAUCUUCCGAGCGGUUCAAGAGGGGCUGAUAGAGAAGCAGGUGACCGUGAGGCUACUGGAAGCCCAGCUCUUUGCUGGUGGCAUUGUGGAUCCCAAAAGUGGCCACCGCUUGGCUGUGGAUGAGGCCAUAAGGCACAACUUAAUUGACCAGGACCUGGCUUGUUCCCUUCUGGUCCGGCAGCUGCAGACAGGGGGCAUUAUAGAUACUGUCACAGGUGAGAGGCUUUCACUGGAUGAAGCAGUCAGGAGAGACUUGGUGACGUCAAGAGUUGCUGUGGUGAUCCUGGAAUCCCUUUGGUCCCUUAUGGGUCUUCUGUGGCCUGAGUCGGGCGAGAUCCUCUCUGUUGCAGAUGCCUUGGAGCAAGGAGUCCUGUCUUCUGAGCUAGCCCAUAAAAUCCUUAGCCACAGGCAGCACAUCAAGGCACUGUUUAUGCCAGAAGCCAGAGAAGUCCUGCCUUGGCAAAUAGCUAUUGAACGUGGGAUCCUGAGCAAAGGUGCUAUACAGAAACUGCAGUCAAUAUGCCUUCCUGACGUAAUGCCAGAUAUGCCCCUGGCAGACUCUCCAAACAGACAUGCAAGGAGCACCCCUUCCUCAGAAAGCCCCCCAAAUUUUGAGGACCAAAACAAGCUUCUCCUAAGAACCGGUGAGGAAAGGAUGUUGUUUUCUUUGAUGACCCACAGCUAUGUUGAUAUUCACAGUGGCCAAAAGUUGCUUCUAGUCGAUGGAGAGCUCAGCAACCUGACUGACAUGCUUGUGCCAGAACUAGAGAGUGGGUCCAGCACUCACCUCUUACAAGCCAGCAGAACUCAUCCUCAAGAUUGGGACGUUUCUGAGGGCCAGACAAGUAAAGCGAUGGAAGCCAAACCCUACAAAGAAAUGGCUUUGAAGGAGCUUGCUCUGGGAAAAGAGUUGGAGGGAAAUCUACUCUCAAAUAUUUGUUCGCCUAAUGAGAGUGUUGGAAUAGAAACUGGAUAUUUUCCAAAGCAAGAUGCAGAAAAUAGCAGGAAUGUGAAGGACCAGGUGAGGGAAUGUGAUCCUGUGAAAGACUUUAUGAUUGAAAUGGAUGACUCUAAAAAAGAGCAAGAACCAAUUAUGUUUCAGAGCAGGCGAGAAAUUGAAUUGCCAGCAUCCAAAUCUAUAAUGGAUUCCAGCUUUGAAAUAAAAGCCAGAAAUGUGGAGACCACGUGGAAAGAUGUUAUGUUUGCAGAACUACCAGCAAAAGAAAAAAUGAUUUUCAAAGAUCAAGAGAGAAUUUCUAAAAUGAGAAAAAAUGAUGCAGAAAAAGAAAUCAGUAUGUCUAUUGGUGGUUUGGAGAAGGUGGAGGCAUCUCAAGAACUACCAGCAAAAGAAAAAAUGAUUUUCAAAGAUCAAGAGAGAAUUUCUAAAAUGAGAAAAAAUGAUGCAGAAAAAGAAAUCAGUAUGUCUAUUGGUAGUUUGGAGAAGGUGGAGGCAUCUCAAGGCUUGAAAGAGAAAGCUUUGGAAAAGAUUGCUCUUGUGGCAGUGGAUGGAGAUGCUGAGGCUAUGAAUUGGUUAGAUACAGGGAAAGUGGAGAACGGAUCGGUAGAAAGCCGCCUUGAUCAAGCUGAAGUGAAAGCUACAGGUGAGCAUAUGAAUGAAGGACAGUCAAGUGUAGAAGGAGGAGGAGGAGAGGUGCAAUUCCAUCAAACUGAUGGUUCUGUAUCACCAAAACUGUGCACGGAAUCGGGAGAAGACAACACGCUGAAGAUGCUGCUAACACAACUCCAGAAUGGUGGUAUAAUUCAGGAACAGACAAGCAAGAAGAUGCUGCUAGAUGAGGCCAUUGCCUGCGGAAUUGUGCCCAGCCAUACAGCCAUCAAACUGAUGGGGGCGAUGAAAAUCUUUAGUGGCUUCUUUGAUGCAGAGACCUGUGAAUCAUUAACUACUGAAGAAGUAAUUGGUGAAGGACUGAUGGAUGAGAAGCUUCUGCAGAAGGUGCUGGCCUCUGAUCAAGCCAUAAGUGGUGUUAUAGACCCACUUAGGAGAACCAUUUACUCCGUCAAAGAUGCAUCCGAGGUUGGUCUGUUGGACAGAGAAACUGCUGAAAGAAUUCUGGAAGGCCAGGUGGUUACUGGUGGAAUUGUUGACUUCAAGCGUGGCAAGAAAAUGUCGGUCACAUUGGCUUCAAAACUUGGCCUAAUACAACGAUCCAGUCAAGAAGAUCUUAAGAAGCUAGAGAAAGCAUGUAAGGGGAAAGGCACUGAAGAAGCAACCAAAGAGAAACUAAUUACUUUGCAAGCUGAAAUUGGCGGCAUCUUGGAUCCUAAAACUAAAGAACCUUUGACAGUCACCCAGGCAGUGGAAAAAGGAUUUCUGGCCAAGGAAACAGCUUUUCAACUGUUGACCAAGCAGAUAGCCGAUGGAGGAAUCCUUCACCACAAGACAGGCAUGAGACUCUCAGUAGAAGAUGCCAUGGAGCAUGGAUUGAUCAAUGAAGGUUUCUACAAAGAUCUCAGUAAGGCAGAAAGUGUAUGUUUCCAUCAGUGCGUUCAUCCAGAAACAAAGGAACUCCUAUCCUUACCUCAAGCCAUAUCCCUGGGAGUAAUCAGCUCAGAUUUUCAAAGCAAAGUUCAAGAAAUACAAACCUGGACUGGAAGCAUCUUUGACCCCAGAUCUGGUCAGAAAAUUACUUUGACUAAAGCUGUGAAGGAAGGGUUGUUGUCCAAGCUGCUGAUGGAAAAAGCGAUGCUCUCCUAUGAAAUGAAGCAUAGCAUUAUUAAUCCAGAGAGCUGUAGAUUGGUCCCCUAUUCAGAAUUGGUCAGGAAGAGUAAAAUUGACAUUGAAACAGGGCAGAGAUAUCUGGAGAUUGUUCCUUUUCGGGAAGUCCAAGAUGAAGCAACUGGGGAUGUGAUCUCAUGGGCUCAGGCAGCAAAGCUUGGCAAAGUAGACCGUGUACCUUCUCUGAGGUUGUUGCAGGCCCAAGCAGACAGAGGCGGCAUCAUGGAAACUUCUACUGGCCAAAGGAUUUCUCUAGCAUCUGCUUUGGAACUUGAAGUAGUGGAUGAAGAUAUAGUUGAAGCCAUUGCAAUUAAUCAGGUGUUGACAGGAGGGAUUGUUGAUAUCCAGAGUGGAGAGAGAGUAACGUUGAAGGAGGCCAUGGGGAAAGGCUUAGUCAGCAAGAAAUUAGCCAGCAGAAUUCAAGCAAGUGUUCGGACAGUCAGUGGUGGAUCUGGACUUGAGGACUUGGAAGAACGCAAAGGUUAUGAGCCGCAGUUGUUGCUGCAAAAUGGUACAGAGAUACUGGCUCUUCAUAAUCACGCUGCUGAGAGCCCCGUUGAAAACCAGAGAGCUGUGCCUGAAGCAGUGGACAGCAGCACACCCAAAGAGGCCAGGGAGGAUACUUUGAAAAGAAGUCAGGAGACAUCCCAAGAGAUGGCUGAGUCAGCACCACCGUCCCUUCCUUUCGCUUCUGCACUGGAGAGUUUAGCCAGUCAACUUUUAGGAGAAGGCAGUCUGUCGCCUGAACUCUCCUUAAUGUUAGAUCCAGAUGCCACAAGAGUAGUGAACCAGAAAAAAAAGAGAAAAAGUAAGCUGAAGGGGAAAGAACUCUGGAAAGAGGAGUUAGACAAGCAAGCGGGAAAUGAUCGGGAGAUUAAAAAGACAUUGGAAAGAAUUGUAUCUCAGGUGGAGACAUCUGUACCGGAUGGAAUGUUGAAUCAGACCAUCAAUGGGGGCCAGGAAGAAACAGAGAGCAAGUUGGCCAUCGGCCCCAGAGCUCAGGAAGAGAGGGAAGCUGUGAUCCUUGCCUGUGAGGUCACUCAGGGAGACAUGUGCUUAGAACCUCCCAAAGUGUUAGCCCCCCAAAAGGUCAGCCCUGUCGAUCAUAGAGAAGAGGAGAAGACCGCAGUUAUAGAGACCAAAGAUCAGGUUUCAGAUGAAAUACUGCCUAGGGACACCAAGAGUGAAUUGCCAAGCCCAGGAUCUAAAUUAAAAGCCCCGGUACCUAAUGCUUCAGAGAUUGACUUAAAACCCUCUAAGAAAAAGAAAACACAAAGGAAUAGAAAGCAGGAUACUGUCCCAGCCAAACCACUUAGAUUGCAUGAGUCUUCCCAAGGGAAACCAUCCCUUCCCAUCCCAGAUUCCAAGGAAGGCUUGAUGAGAAGGCUCAAGGAGGAGUUGAUCUCUGGUGUGCAAGAAUCUGUCGAAACAGAUGCAUCCAGCAGGGUCGCUAUGAGGCUGGCUGCAAAAGAACCAACUGAGGUCAAAAGAGAGGAUAAGCAGGCAUUUGGAACAGAAAAGAAGCAACUUGGAGUCAAAGAAAACAUCACAGAUGACCAGAAAGUGAACAUCACCCCCAAGACAGAUGCACCCAGAGAGUUAACUGAACCAGAGACUAGGACUGACCAAGACUCCUUUGAGGUUUUUGGUUCUCUAGAAGAAAGAGAAUCCCAAGACAAGGCCAAAGAGCCAUUUAUGUCAACAGAAGACCAGAUACCCAAGGUGACAACCAUGGAUGACUCAGAAUCCAUUGGGCCUUUUGAGCCAGAAAUGGAGGCCCUGCAGUUCAGGGAGAUUCAAGAGGACAAAAUGAGUUCUGUGCCAUUGCCCAUGCAAGAGAUUAUAGUCCAGGAAGCAGCCAGAGAAAAUGGAAGUAUUGGUGCUAAAGGACUGCCCGUGGCUGCAAGAGAGGACACACAACAAGUUGAAUUUAAGGGAGGCGAGAUCAUCGGUCUGAAGGUGCAGAAGCUGCAAGAGGAGGAGUUUCCACAAAGCAAGAGAGAGUCUUCCAGAAUGUUGCCCCUGCUGCAGAAUGCAGCCCUGGAAAUGAACAGAGAGGCCAAGAACGUUGGUGAAGGAGUAGAAGAUGGAUGGCAGGAGACUCCGAAACCAGCCAAGACACUGUACAGCAAACAGCUUUGCCUGGACUAUGAUGGGAAGCUGGUUGCCCACCUCUCCAGAGUGCGGGGCAUUGAGAUGCGGAUCCAGCGGGUUCAGCUGGCGGACCUGACCUCAGCAGCACUGCAGGACAUGCUGCGUCAGGCGCAGGCCUUGGACAGGGAGCUGAAGAACCUGUCAGUGCCAGUGGAUCAGGAGCUGGAAGCUGUGAAGGGGAUCGUGGCCAGCUCUCCCCAAGAGGUCCCUGAGCAAUUACUGAAGGCUUUGGAGAAAGACGCCAAGAACCUCCAGAAGUCCUUUGGCUCCGUGAGCGAGGCGGUGACCUCUUGGCUGCACAACCUGCAUGCUGCAGUCGAAGCGGAAAAGAUGAAAAUCGUACAGCAGCAUGAAAAUCUCCAGCGCAAACUGCAAGAGCUGCUGAACUGGGUGGUGGACACCACUCAGUUGCUCGACGGCCUUGAAUCCCAGGGCCCAGCCGAGGGCCACCGCUUGAAUGCCUGCCUGCAGAGCUACAAGGAGCUGAGAGAGCCCCUCACUGACACCAAAGCUCAGCUGGACGCCGCAGCCUUUGACAUCCAGUUCUUCAUUUCUGAGCACGCUCAAGACUUGACUCCUGCACAAAGCAGGCAGCUGCUCAGGCUGCUGAAUGAACUGCAGCGGUCUUUCCGGGACGUUUCGGAGCGAGUGUCCGCCCGGGCAGAGGUCCUGCAGGUCUGUCUCCAGCAAGUGCAGCAGACGGAUCAGACGCUUCAGGAGCAGCAAGCCAUCCGCAGCCAGAAGCUGGAGGAGGUGUGCACGUGGCUGAACCAGGCCGAAAGCCGGUUGGUGGAUCCCCAGGGAACGGCUAAGGAAGGGGACCUCUCCUCACUGCAGCAGCGGCAGAAGGACGUUAAGGAGCUGCAGCGGAGCAUGCACUGCCGAGCGGCCUCCUUUGCCAGCAUCCUGAAAGCCACGGAAGAAUUCCUGGAGGAAAACGGGAGCAAGCUGGACCCCAGGGAGCUGGCAUCCCUGCAAGAGAGGCUCUGCCGGGCGAAGGAGCAGUACCAGUCCCUGCAGGAGAGGACGGAGGCAGCCCAGCAAGAGCUCGAGAGUGCCGUCAGCACGGUGGUGCAGCAGCAGACCGAAAAGGUUAAAGCUGCCAAAGACUUGGAAGAAAACCAGAGUAAGAUAGACUCCCUUUUGCACUGGGUAGCAUCCCUGGAGCAAACUCCAGGAAAACUCCAUCCAGUGGGGCAAGCUGCUGGAGGGCACAGAGAGGGAAGAGUGCGAGAUGCUCUCGAUGGCCCGCUCAUGGAAACGGACAGAGUGGAAGAGGAUCUUGACUUGCACUACGAGGGCUUGAAGGCCCGGCACCAAGAACUUGUGUCUCAGCAGCAAGAGGUCAUUCUGGCCUCCCAGUCCGCCCAGGCCUUCCUGGGCAAGCAAGGCCACAACCUGAUGCCCGAGGAGAAGCAGAGGCUCCAGGGCAGGCUGGGAGAACUGAAGGGCCAGUACGCUGCGGCCUUGUCCCAGUCAGAGGCCCGGCUGAAGCAGGCGCAGGCGCUCCGGGACGAGCUGCAGAAGUUUCUGCGGGACCACGUGGAGUUCGAGGCCUGGCUGGGUCAGGCGGAGCAGGCGCUGGAGAAGAUGUAUGGUGGGGAUGGCAGCCUGGAGUCCCUCCGGCCAAGGCUCCUCCGGCAGAGCAGCUUCUCCGAAGACGUGAUCUCCCACAAGGGAGACUUGCGCUUUGUCACCAUGUCCGGGCAGAAGGUGCUGGAUGCCGAGAAGGUGGUGGCCGGUGCCGGUGGGCCUGAGGCUCUGGCCACGGGAGCCCUCGUGAGGAGCAAGCUGGAUGGCGCUACCAAGAGAUACGGUGCUCUCCACUCCAAGUGCACCGUGCUGGGAUCCCAUCUGAACAUGCUGCUGGAUCGCUCUCAGCAGUUCCAGGAUGUAGCAGAAUCGCUCAGGACGUGGCUGCGGGGAAGCGAAGAGGCCGUGGCAGCCGCCCUCUUGGAGCCCGUUUCCUCCGACCCCACCGUUCUGCAGAGGCAGCUGGCCAGCUCCAAACGCCUCCAGGAGGACCUUGCCGAGCACCAGGUGCCUGUGGAGAAGCUGGAGAAGGCUGCCCGGUCGCUCCUGGAAAUACAAGAAGCACCUCUGCCUGACCACCGAGGCAUUCGGGAGACCACAGAUUCCAUUGUGAGCCGUUUCCAGGCUCUUUCCUGUCGCAUGGCGGAGCGCUCGGAUGUUUUGCAGAAGUCCAUCGCUCAGUCGCAGAGUGUCCAGGAAGGACUGGAGAACCUCCUUCAGUCCAUGUCUGAGAUUGAGAGAAACCUCCAAAAAGAGGAUGUGGCUUCUUUCUCCUCUACUUCCAUCCAGGAGUCUCUUGCCACAAACAUGAAGCUGAAGCAGGACAUUGCCCGGCAGAACAGCAGCCUGGAGGCCACGCGGGAGAUGGUGAACCGGUUCAUGGCAACGGCCGACCGCUCCACAGCAGCGGCCCUGCAGAGCAAGCUGGCCGAGGUGACGGGGCGUUUUGGCAGCCUGUGUCGGCGGCAGCAGGAGAAGGAGGACCUCCUGAAGGAUCUUCUCCCCAAGGUUGAACAGUACGAGCAGCUCUCCGAGAGGCUGCAGCAGUUCACGGAGAGCAGGGCGCGCCUGCUGGCCUCGGGGAACCAGCCGGAUCGCGAUAUCGCCCACUUCUCCCAACAGCUGCAGGAACUUAAUUCCGAGAUGAAGCAGCACCAUGAGGACCUGGACGCCUUGGAACGGGUGGCCGUGGAGCUGAGCUCUUGUGGCUUUUCAGCCCUGGGGGGCGCCCCCCAGCUCCAGGAGAAAGUGCGCAGCAUGAGGAAAGACUUCACGCAGCUGCAGAAGGCGGUGAGGGAGAGAGAGAGAGGUGCAUCGUCCUGCCAGGAUCAGCUGGAUGAGUUCCGGAAGCUGGUUGGCUCCAUCAGGAAGUGGCUGAAAGAGACCGAAGGGAAUAUCCCAGCCACCGAAACGUCUGUGGGCACCCAAGAGCUGGAGAAGCGGAUGCAGCAGAUUGAGAUCUUCUUGGAAGAAUGGACGGAAAAGGGAAUCCUCAUGGGGGAAAUCAAUCGCAGAGGGACGGCCUUGGAGAACUUGAUAGUUGAGAUUACGUCUCCUGAUGCACAAUCCAGGACAGGUUCUGUGCUGCCCGCUGUGGGAGGUUCUGUAGGCAGCGUUAAUGGAUAUCACACCUGCAAAGAUUUGACAGAGAUCCAGUGCGACGUGUCGGACGUGAACCUGCAGUAUGAGGGGCUCGGUGCUGCCUUACGGGAACGCCAGGAGGAGCUGUCGGCCAUGUUGGCCAAGAUGCGGGCUGCCCAGGAGGAGGCGAGCUCGGUGCUGAAGUGGCUGGAGUCGAAGGAGCGGGCCUUGGCUGCCCUCGAAGCGUCCUCCUCGCCCACCCAGUCGGAGACGAUGAGAGCUCAGGCGGAGCAAAACAAGGUGUUUCUGGCUGAAUUGGAGCAGAAUGCUGCGAAGGUCCAGAAAGCAAAGGAAUCCCUCUCUGGACUCCUGGAGAAAUAUCCUGAAUCCCCAGAAGCAGGAAACUGGAAGAGGAUGUUGGAAGACUUAAAUUCCGGGUGGGCGCAUGCCAACCAGGUGACAGCCGACCGCCAGCAGAAACUGGAGAAGUCGGCCAACGAGCUGGCAAGCUUCCAAGUGGCUGAAAGCCAGCUGCGUCCCUGGCUGAUGGAGAAGGAGCUGAUGAUGAGCGUGCUGGGCCCUCUCUCCAUCGACCCCAACAUGCUCAAUGCACAGAAGCAGCAGGUUCAGUUUAUGCUGAAGGAGUUUGAAGCUCGCAAGCAGCAGUACGACCAGCUGAACGAGGCUGCCCAAGGCAUUCUGGCCAGCCCCGGAGAUGCGUCUCCCUCCUCGAACCGCAUGCAGGAGGAGCUCCGGGCCGUCAACCAGAAGUGGACCGAGCUCACGGAUCAGCUCAACUCCCGCUCCAGCCAAAUCGACCAGGCCACGGUCAAGAGCACCCAGUACCAGGAGCUGAUUCAGGGCUUGUCUGAGAAGGUGAAAGCGGCUGGGCAGCGCCUGAGCAGCCAGCCCUCCAUCAGCACCCAGCCGGAGGCUGUGAAGCAGCAGCUGGAGGAGACGAGUGAAAUUCGGUCAGACCUGGGGCAGCUGGAAGAGGAGAUCACGGAGGCCCAGGCCCUGUGCGAGGAGCUCUCUGUCCUCAUGGACGAGCAGUAUCUCCGGGAUGAGCUGAAGAAGCGCUUGGAGACGGUGGCCCUCCCUCUCAAGGGCCUGGAAGACCUGGCAGGGGACCGCAUGAACAGGCUGCAGAUGGCGCUCGCAAGCUCCCAGCAGUUCCAGCAGAUGUUUGACGAGCUCCACGCUUGGCUGGACGAGCGGCUGAGGCAACAGGCGCAGAGCGGGCCCAUCUCGGCCAAGCUGGAGAAGCUCCAGCACCAGAUCCAGGAGCAGGAAGAGUCCCAGAAGAGCCUCAACCAGCACAGCGGCUCCUAUGAAAUGAUAGUGGUGGAGGGCGAGUCUCUGCUUCUCUCUGUCCAUCCGGGGGAGGAGAAGGCCAAAUUGCAAGGUCAGCUGGUCAGCCUGAAAGCCAGCUGGGAGGAGCUGAGCAAGCAGAUUGCAGACCGGCACUCCAAGCUCAAGGACUGCAUGCAGAAGGCCCAGAAGUACCAGCGUCAUGUCGAGGACCUUCUCCCAUGGGUGGAGGACUGCCGGUCCAAGAUGUUGGAGCUGGAAGUCACUCUGGACCCAGUGCAGCUGGAAGCCACUCUCCUGAGGUCAAAGGCCUUGCUGAGCGAUGUGGAGAAGCGUCGCUCCCUCCUGGAGAUGCUGAACAGCGCGGCCGACAUCCUCAUCAAUGCAUCGCAAAUGGACGAAGACGACGUUCGGGACGAGAAAGCCGGGAUCAACCAGAAGAUGGACGCCAUUACCGAGGAGCUCCAAGCAAAGACUGGGUCCCUUGAAGAAAUGUCGCAGAGGCUGAAGGAGUUCCAAGAAAGUUUUAGGAACAUUGAGAAGAAACUGGAAGGGACUAAGCACCAGCUGGAAAUCUAUGAGGCUCUGGGCCCUCAAGCCUGCAGCAGCAAGAACCUGGAGAAGUUGAGAACCCAGCAGGAAGUUCUCCAGGCCCUGGAGCCCCAAGUCGAUUACCUGAGAAACUUCACUCAGGGUCUGGUGGAAGAUGCGCCAGAUGGCUCGGACUCCUCCCACCUCUUAAGACAAGCUGAGGUUGCCCAGCAAGACUUCAAAGCAGUCAAGCAAAAAGUCAAUGAAUGUUGCGUAUUGAUGGAAAGCAAGCUUGAAGGGAUUGGACAGUUCAAUAACCACGUCCGAGAGAUGUUCUCUCAGCUAGCAGAUCUAGAUGACGAGUUAGAUAGCAUGGGGCCCGUUGGGAGGGACAUGGACAGUCUCCAGUCCCAAGCAGAAGAUGUCCAUGAGUUCCUAGACAAACUUCAGAGACUGCGGUUGGACAUCCAGACUUCAGAAGAGACAUGCAGGCAGAUGUUGGAGGAUGAAGGGAGCCCCGAUCUCAUCGGAUUGAAACGUGAACUGGAAACGCUGAAUAAGCAAUGUGGCAAGUUGACGGAAAGAGGCAAAAGCCGCCUGGAGCAGGUGGAGAUGACCCUGGCUCGGGUCAAGGACUUCUACAACAAGCUGAAGGAGCUGAACUGCAUGACAGCCACUGCGGAGGAGAAUGAAGCCUUGCAGUGGGUGGUCGGGACGGAGGUGGAGGUGAUCAACCAGCAGCUGGCCGAUUUCAAGACGUUCCAGAAGGAGCAAGUCGAUCCCCUUCAGUUGAGACUGCAGCAAGUCAAUGGGGUCGGGCAGGGACUCAUCCAGAGCGCGGGAAAGAACUGCGAUGUUCAGGGCUUGGAACAUGACAUGGAGGACAUCAACGCCCGCUGGAACACCCUCAACAAAAAGGUCGCCCAGAGAAUUGCACAACUGCAGGAAGCCCUGUUGCAUUGUGGGAAAUUCCAGGAUGCCUUGGAGCCUUUGCUCAGCUGGCUGGCAGACACCGAGGAACUCAUUUCCAAUCAGAAGCCACCAUCAGCGGAGUACAAAGUGGUGAAGGCCCAGAUCCAGGAGCAGAAACUGCUCCAGCGUCUCCUGGAUGAUCGGAAAGCGACUGUUGAGAUGAUUCAAGCGGAGGGUGGAAGAAUCGCGCAGUCUGCCGAACCAGCAGACAGGGAGAAGAUCGUGGGCCAACUGGACAGCCUUGGAAGCCGCUGGGCAGGCCUCCUCAGCAAGGCCACAGCCAGACAAAACCAGCUGGAAGAGAUCCUGGUUUUGGCCAAGCAAUUCCAUGAGACGUCGGAGCCCAUCUCUGACUGGCUGACAGUGACGGAAAAGAAGCUCUCCAACUCCGAGCCCAUCGGGACCCAGACUGGCAAAAUCCAGCAGCAGAUCACACGGCACAAGGUGCUAGAGGAGGACAUAGACAGCCAUGCGGCGGCUGUGACCCUGGCGGUCCGCCUGGGGCAGUCUCUGGCCUCCCUGAGUUGCAGGGCCGAGCAGGCCUCCUUGGCCGACAAGCUCGACUUGCUGGAGUCUCGGUACGACGAGAUCUAUGAUCGGAGUGGCCGGAAGGCUGCCCUUCUCGAUCAGGCCUUGUCAAACGCCCGGCUCUUUGGGGAGGACGAAGUGGAGGUGCUGAACUGGCUGGCCGAGGUUGAGGACAAGCUCACCUCGGUGUCCGUAAGGGACUACAAGCGGGACGUCCUGCAGAAGCAGCAUGCCGACCAGCUGGCCUUGAAUGAUGAGAUCGUGAACCGCAAGAAAAAUGUGGACCAGGCGAUCAAGAACGGCCAGGCCCUUCUGAAGCAAACCACAGGGGAGGAGGUGCUGCUUAUUCAGGAGAAACUGGACGGCAUCAAGACCCGCUACUCAGACAUCACUGCUGCCAGCUCGAAGGCCCUCCGCACCCUGGAGCAGGCACGGCAGCUGGCCACCAAGUUCCAGUCGACACACGAGGAGCUCGCUGGCUGGAUGGGCCAGGUGGAAGAGGAGCUGACAUCCAGUGGAGGACACUCGCCUGUCGGGGAAGAAAUCCCUCAAUUCCAGCAGAGGCAGAAGGAGCUAAAGACGGAGGUGAUGGAACGCAGGCUGAUUCUGGACACGGUGAACGAAGUCAGCCGGGCCCUUCUGGAACUGGUGCCCUGGCGCGCCCGGGAAGGGCUGGACAAGCUCGUUUCGGACACUAACGAGCGCUACAAGCUGAUCAGCGACACCAUCAAGCAAAGGGUGGAAGAAAUCGAUGCCGCCAUCCAGAGGUCGCAGCAGUAUGAGCAAGCAGCCGAUGCAGAGCUUGCCUGGGUCGCAGAGACGAAGCGGAAGCUGAUGGCGCUCGGUCCGAUUCGCCUGGAGCAGGACCAAACCACUGCCCAGCUACAAGUCCAGAAGGCUUUCUCGAUUGACAUUAUCCGGCACAAAGAUUCGGUGGAUGAGCUGUUGAGCCAGCGCAGUGAGAUCUUUGGAACUUGUGGAGAUGAACAGAAAGCCAUGCUGCAGGAGAAGACCGAGGCUCUUCUGAAGCAGUACGAUGAGAUUAGCCACCUCAACUCGGAGCGCUAUGCCCGCUUGGAGCGGGCCCAGGUCUUGGUCAACCAGUUCUGGGAGACGUACGAAGAGCUCAGCCCUUGGCUCGAAGAGACCCAGGUGCUCCUCCGGCAGCUGCCCCCGCUGGCCAUCGACCACGAGCACCUCAAGCAGCAGCAGGAAGACAUGAGGCAACUGCGAGAAUCCAUUGCUGAGCACAAGCCCCAUAUUGACAAGCUGCUGAAAAUUGGGCCGCAGCUGAAGGAGCUCAACCCAGAAGAAGGAGAGAUGGUGCAGGAGAAGUACUCUGCGGCAGAGGCCACCUAUUCCCGCAUCAAGGAGGAGGUCCGCCAGCGGGCUCUGGCGCUGGAUGAGGCCGUCUCGCAGUCCACGCAGUUCCAUGAUAAGAUUGAGCCGAUGCUGGAGACCUUGAAGAAUCUCUCCACCCGCCUGCGUGUGCCUCCACUGAUCCCAGCAGAAGUAGAAAAGAUCCGGGAAUGCAUCAGUGAUAACAAAAACGCCACGAUGGAGCUGGAGAAGCUGCAGCCAUCUUUCGAAGCUCUGAAGCGCCGCGGGGAGGAGCUGAUUGGACGGUCACAAGGAGCAGACCGUGACCUGGCAGCCAAAGAAAUCCAGGAUAAAUUGGAUCAGAUGGUGUUUUUCUGGGAAAACAUCAAAGCCCGGGCUGAGGAGCGUGAAAUCAAAUUCCUUGACGUCUUGGAACUGGCAGAGAAAUUCUGGUACGACAUGGCUGCCCUGCUGACCACCAUCCGCGACACGCAGGACAUUGUGCAUGAUCUGGAGAGCCCUGGGAUCGACCCAUCCAUCAUCAAGCAGCAGGUCGAAGCCGCAGAGACGAUCAAGGAGGAAACGGACAGUUUACACGAAGAACUGGAAUUCAUCCGGAUCCUUGGGGCAGAUCUGAUUUUUGCAUGCGGCGAGACAGAAAAACCAGAAGUGAAGAAAAGCAUCGAUGAGAUGAACAGUGCCUGGGAGAACCUGAACAAAACUUGGAAGGAGCGACUGGAGAGGCUCGAAGAGGCCAUGCAAUCAGCUGUGCAGUAUCAGGACACCCUGCAGGCCAUGUUUGACUGGUUGGACAACACAGUGAUCAAGCUCUGCAACAUGCCCCCAGUGGGCACGGACCUCAACACCGUCAAGGAGCAGCUGAACGAGAUGAAGGAGUUUAAAUUGGAAGUUUACCAGCAGCAGAUUGAAAUGGAGAAACUGAACCACCAAGGAGGGCUGAUGCUCAAGAAGGCGACAGACGAGACAGACAGAGACAUCAUCCGGGAGCCGCUGAUGGAGCUGAAGCACCUGUGGGAGAACCUUGGUGACAAGAUCGCCCAGAGGCAGCACAAGCUGGAAGGUGCUCUCUUGGCCCUCGGCCAGUUUCAACAUGCCCUGGCUGAGCUGAUGGCGUGGCUGACCCACACGGAAGAGCUGCUGGAUGCCCAGAAGCCCAUCAAUGGGGACCCCAAGGUCAUUGAGGUGGAACUAGCAAAGCACCAUGUGCUGAAAAACGACGUGUUGGCCCACCAAGCCACGGUGGAGACGGUGAACAAGGCUGGGAACGAGCUCCUUGAGUCCAGCGCCGGGGAUGACGCCAGCAGCCUCCGGAACCGGCUGGAGAGCAUGAAUUCGUGCUGGGAGUCCGUGCUGCAGAAGACGGAGGUGCGGGAGCAGCAGCUGCAGAUGACUCUUCAGCAGGCUCAGGGUUUCCAUGGUGAGAUUGAGGACUUCCUCCUCUGGCUGACGAGGAUGGAGAGCCAGCUCUCGGCCUCCAAGCCGACAGGCGGGCUGCCAGAAACUGCCCGGGAGCAGCUGAACGCCCACAUGGAACUCUAUGCCCAGCUGAAAGCCAACGAGGAGGUCUACAGUCAGCUCUUGGCGAAGGGGCGGCUCAUGCUACUGAGCCGCGACGACUCUGGGUCUGGAUCCAAGACGGAGCAAAGCGUGGCCCUCCUGGAGCAGAAGUGGAGCCUCGUCAGCACCAAGCUGGAAGAGAGAAAGUCCAAGCUGGAAGAGGCCCUGGGCUUGGCAACCGAGUUCCAGAAUUCCUUGCAGGAUUUCAUCAACUGGCUGACCCUGGCCGAGCAGAGCUUGAACCUUGCCCCGCCCCCCAGCCUCAUCCUCCACACUGUGCUCUCCCAGAUAGAAGAUCACAAGGUAUUUGCUAACGAAGUGAAUGCACACCGGGACCAGAUAAUUGGUCUGGAUCAGACAGGGAACCAGCUGAAAUUCCUUAGUCAGAAGCAGGAUGUGGUCCUGAUCAAGAACCUCCUGGUCAGCGUACAAUCCCGCUGGGAGAAGGUCGUCCAGCGCUCAGUUGAAAGGGGACGGGCUCUGGAUGAUGCCCGGAAACGGGCCAAACAGUUCCAUGAAGCUUGGAAGAAGCUGAUUGACUGGUUGGAAGAUGCAGAAAAUCACCUAGACUCCGAGCUGGAAAUUUCAAAUGAUCCUGACAAGAUCAAACUGCAGCUCUCCAAGCACAAGGAGUUUCAAAAAACCCUGGGUGGCAAACAGCCUGUUUACGACACCACCAUCCGGACGGGAAGAGCCCUGAAAGAGAAAGCCCAGUUCCCAGAGGACACCCAGAGCCUGGACCAUCUCCUUGGGGAAGUCCGUGACAAAUGGGACACUGUCUGUGGCAAAUCUGUGGAAAGGCAGCACAAACUCGAAGAGGCCCUUUUGUUCUCCGGCCAGUUCAUGGAUGCCCUGCAGGCUCUGGUUGACUGGCUGUACAAGGUGGAGCCGCAGCUGGCCGAAGACCUCCCUGUCCAUGGGGACUUGGAUCUGGUCAUGAACUUGAUGGAUGCCCACAAGGUUUUCCAGAAGGAACUUGGCAAGCGGACCGGCACCGUCCAGGUCCUCAAGCGUUCUGGCCGGGAGCUGAUUGAGAACAGCCGCGAUGAUACAACGUGGGUGAAGGUGCAGCUUCAGGAGCUGAGCAACCGGUGGGACACCGUCUGCAAGAUGUCUGUCUUGAAGCAAACCCGGCUGGAGCAGGCCUUGAAGCAGGCGGAGGAGUUCCGGGCAGCUGUUCAUGUCCUCCUGGAGUGGCUCUCGGAAGCCGAGCAGACUCUCCGCUUCCGAGGGGCUUUGCCAGACGACGCUGAGGCUCUGCAGUCGCUCAUCGAUGUGCACAAGGAGUUCAUGAAGAAGGUGGAAGAGAAGAGGCUGGACGUGAACGCGGCCGUGGGGAUGGGGGAGGUCAUCUUGGCCGUGUGCCACCCCGACUGCAUCACCACCAUCAAGCACUGGAUCACCAUCAUCCGAGCCCGGUUUGAAGAAGUCCUCACGUGGGCAAAGCAGCACCAGCAACGGCUGGAGACCGCCCUCUCGGAACUGGUGGCCAACGCUGAGCUGCUGGAAGAGCUCUUGGCAUGGAUUCAAUGGGCCGAGACCACGCUGAUCCAGCGGGACCAAGAGCCGAUGCCCCAGAAUAUUGAGCAGGUCAAAGCCCUCAUCGUGGAGCACCAGUCCUUCAUGGAAGUAAUGACCCGAAAGCAGCCAGACGUGGACCGUGUCACCAAGACCUACAAGAGGAAAGCCACUGAACCGGCUCAUGGACCUUUCACUGACAAAUCCCGAAGCAAUAGAAAAUCCUUGACCCAGCCCGCUCCACCCCCUAUGCCUAUCCUCUCCCAGUCAGAAGCGAAGAACCCUCGCAUCAACCAGCUGUCGGCCCGCUGGCAGCAGGUGUGGCUCCUGGCCCUGGAGCGGCAGCGGAAGCUCAACGACGCCCUGGAUCGGCUGGAAGAGUUGAAAGAGUUUGCAAACUUUGACUUUGAUGUCUGGCGAAAGAAGUACAUGCGCUGGAUGAACCACAAGAAGUCGCGUGUCAUGGACUUUUUCCGGCGGAUUGACAAAGACCAGGAUGGGAAAAUUACCCGACAGGAGUUCAUUGAUGGGAUCCUGGCAUCUAAGUUCCCCACUACAAAGCUAGAGAUGACUGCGGUAGCCGACAUCUUUGACCGGGAUGGGGAUGGCUACAUCGACUAUUACGAGUUUGUAGCGGCUCUGCACCCUAACAAAGAUGCUUACCGGCCAACCACGGAUGCCGACAAAAUUGAGGAUGAGGUGACCAGGCAGGUGGCUCAGUGCAAAUGUGCAAAGAGAUUCCAGGUGGAGCAGAUUGGAGAGAACAAAUAUCGGUUCUUCCUCGGCAACCAGUUUGGCGAUUCUCAGCAGCUGCGGCUGGUCCGGAUCCUGCGCAGCACAGUCAUGGUCCGCGUUGGUGGAGGGUGGAUGGCGCUGGAUGAGUUUCUAGUGAAGAACGACCCUUGCAGAGUUCAUCACCCCGGAAGUAAAAUAAAACGCUCUGAUUCCAGCUCUUCGAUUGCCAGUCAGUCUCCGAUAGCACGAGGAAGAACGAACCUCGAACUUCGAGAGAAAUUCAUUCUCCCAGAGGGAGCUUCUCAGGGAAUGGCCCCGUUCCGGUCCAGAGGUCGCCGCUCGAAGCCCUCGUCUCGGGCAGCCUCCCCGACACGGUCCAGUUCCAGUGCCAGCCAGAGCAAUCACAGCUGCACUUCGAUGCCAUCCUCCCCAGCCACGCCUGCGAGUGGAAACAAGACUCCGCACCACUUCACCCGCAGUUAUGACAAGCCCUGGUUGGCAAACAGCAAGACAGGCUCCCCCUUGAGGGGCUCCGAUAAUGCUGACCUCCACCUGUCUGCUUCUGAGGUUGCUCCGUCCUCAAGUAGCAAGCUGAAACGGCCCACCUUCCACUCCAGCCGGACUUCCCUGGCUGGCGACACCAGUAACAGCUCCUCGCCCGUCUCUUCAGGUGCCAAAACGAAUCGGGCUGAUCCCAAGAAAACAGCCAGCCGCCCUACGAGUCGGGCUGGGAGCCGAGCCGGGAGCCGAGCCAGCAGCCGGCGGGGCAGCGAUGCGUCCGAUUUCGACCUUCUGGAAACCCAGUCGGCCUGUUCAGACACUUCUGAAAGCAGCGCCACAGGGGGGCAGAGCAGUUCACGGCGGGGCGGGGCAAAGCCCUCCAAAAUCCCCACCAUGUCCAAGAAGACAACCACGGGCACCCCCAAGACGCCAGGCCCCAAGAGAUAAUACUGCAUUCUCACACACGCCCACAUCUACACACACACACACACCCCUGUGUCCCAGUUUUUAAACCUGCUUCAUACAUUGGAUGUAUAUUUAUUCUACACGGGAGAAAUUAUAUUGUUAAAAGUGUAAAAGAAUAAUUGUGUUAUGAAGCUGCCUUAUUUUGUUCAGUUUCUUUCUUUCUUUUGUAAGUUACUAUUUUCAUGUGAAUAUUUAUGUAGAUAAAACUUGCCUUCUGGUGACCUUCUUUGCAGUCGGGAGCCCUUGAGAAAAAAAAAAAUCAGAAUGUGGGAGAGAAGACAAGCAAGCUAAAAGUCAAGAUGUGAAGAUGUAAAAAUUUUUAAAAUGCAGACAAAAUUAUAAAUAGGAUUUCUGUGCAGUGCAGGAUGCAAGCCUGCUUUAUCUUUUAGGAUUGUUUCCUAAAUGCAUCUUUAUAGAAACUUAACUUGCUGUCUCAGCAAGGUCAAUUAUAUUGAAAAGCAACACCUGAAUAUCCAGCAGUGUUCAAGGAACUCUUUCUUUUUUUUGUAAAUCAUGGAUACCUCAAUAAGAGAGACGUGAGGUGAGGAGAAGAGCCUGGACUUCUGUUUCCAGUUUUUAAAAGAAAUCAUUGUGGUUUUACGUGAAGAUAAAGUGGAGUGAGUUUGGAUUAAAUAAAAAUUUGCACACGCUUCAUGCAAGUAAAGGAUUUCACUAAAAGUGCUGUAUUUAGCAAAACAAAAGUACUGUCAGCAGCUGAGCUUUUAAAGAACAACUGAUCAUGUGUUUCCAGAGGGUUUCAUUUGCAGCUCUCCAGAAACAUCACAUGGGUGGGGGAGAUUUCUGGGAUGGGGGGGCACAGCACGUCCUUUGAGCAGCGGUGGGACGAAAAGGGACGUCUCUGCAACUGGGCUCUCCUCUCUCGCCACUAAACACAAACCAAGAAAAAACUGACUCCACUUUUUAGUUCAUGAACUGCUAUUUAACUGCAUUGUUUCCUAUUUAUUAUCUCAACUGGUGACUUCCACAUCUGACCAGACUGACAUCCAGGAGAUCUCCGCUCCGGAGGAGAAGAGGAGCUGUCGCCUUCAACACGCACAGUAGCUUGUCCUUGGGAAUUCGAAAGAGUAUCACCAGCGGCCCCACUUGCUAGCAAGCCCCGUCUUGCUUUUUUGUAUAUUCCUUUUUCCUUUGGAGAGGAGAGGAAGAGGAGAAGAGGGAAGAAAUAACAAUAAAGCUCAUCGUGUGACCGUGAAGAAGGGGGAGGGAAGGGAGUUGGGGGUGACCCGGUCUUCCUGUAUUUAUUAACUUUUGCUCUUUUCCCUGCUCUCUGACUGACCAUAUUGCUGUGUGAUUCUCUCAGUUGGUUUAGUUGAGCCAGAACCUGAAGCUCUACCAAUGAAUUGUUUAAAAAAAGACGACACUUUUUUGUAUUAAAAUUGCUUGCAGUAAUAAUAAAAA